AAGUGAGAAAAAAGUUUUUUAAUGAGUGAUAUUCCCCCCUCUAAUAACACGGCACUCAACAUGUCCCGUGAAGAGGAGGAAGAGGAAGUCCGCACUCUGCUGGAGCGCCAUCAAGAACGUAUCCGUUUGGAUUUAGGCAAUACCGAUUUGUUGGCGGUAUUGGUCAAGAACUCUGUACUCAGUCAAUCGGAAGAGGAUUUGCUGUUGAAACCCUAUAAUGCGGGUGGACAAAAUUCCGCCCCAUCAAGUGUCGGGGUAACGAAACGUAAACUUAGUGCUGUGAUUAGUAAUGCAAGUAGUGGAACGACAGGUAGUACCGGUGGCAGUAGUACGGCCAGUGGUAGUGCUGGUACCAUAGGAGGUGGCUCUGCUAGUGGUCAACUGUCACGUAGUGCCAGUGUCAAUAGCAGUGAUCAACAUCAGACAUCGGUAAAUGUCACCUCAACCGAUAAUCGUUCCAUAACCCCAUCCGUGGUACAGGGUAACACCACGACAACACUAAAUUCUGCGGAUUCUAUUAGUGAUCACUAUUCCACCAAGGAUGAUUUAAAAUCGGAUACCUAUAAUGAUGCGGAUAUUUUGCGUAUGCAAUGCUCGACACUGAUUGAAAUCAUUGCCAAAAAUGGUUUUGAAAAAUUCAAACAAUUCUGCUAUGCAAUUGAGAAUGAAUGUCCACAGCUGAUUGAGGAUUUAAUUAAUGAUCGUUUGAAAUGUGAUGGCACCUUCGAUGAGGAAAAGAUCAACGAAGAUAAAUUGCAAAAAGAAAUCGAUACCAUUGAAUACAUUGACAAGUAAGUACCAAACGCAAUU